GCGGCGAUGGUCGCCGAGCGCGAGGCCAGGGCGAAGGCUGAGGAGGAGACGGCGGCGCGCGAGGCUGAGGAGAAGGCGGAGCUCGUUCGAAGGAUCCGUUCGGAGGAGGACGCCGACCUUCGCGCCGCGCUCGAGGCUUCCGCGGCCGAGGACGCGGCGAAGAAGGCUGCGGUGGAAGAGGCCGAGGCUCAAGAGGCUGCGGAGAUGGAGGCGGCCAUCGCGGCGUCCCUCGCGGCGGAAGCGGAGGCUAAGAGGUUCGCCGAUGAAGUCGCGAAAAAAGAGGCGGAGGAGCUCGCCGAGGCUGAACGAGUCAACGCCAUCGAGCUGGAGAAGGCUGAGUACGCCGCCGCCACGCGAUCUUCAGAAAUCUACGACGGAAGAUCUUCCAACGGCAGCGACGGCGAUGAACCCGUCAACGAGGCGAAGAGGAUCGAGAACAAUCUGGCGAGGAAACCCCUGGGCGGCGGCGGCGGGCAGGUUGUCAAGCUCCCGGCCAUCGGUAAGACGGGCCUGCCCCCGGUGGGCCGCCUCCCAAAGAUAACCGCGUCCGGCGGCGUCGGUGGGACCGCGAUCAGGUCGGCGGGGUGCACGGCGCCGGCGUCCGUCGACUUUGCCCCGGCGUUCACCUCCUCGUCCGUGCGCGAGGCGGCGGCGGCGGCGGCGGCGGCGCAGAAGAACAUGCUCAGGGGCCAAGGCGUCGCGGAUGGCGGCGGCGCAUCCACCCCGGCUGCGUCGCCCGAGAGGGAGAGGGCCUUCAUAGACGAGCAGAGGAGGCUCCUGGUGGCGAAGAAGAACGCCGAGCGCGAACGCGAGCUGCAGGAGUGGAGCGUCUCGAGCAUGAACCCGCUGUUCGACGAUUCGUCCAGGCCGUCCACCGCGGCGAGCGUUCGCAUGCGUCCGAUGGUGGAACCCGUCGGGCCGGGCGUCAACUCUGCGGGACUGACGGAUGAGGAACAGGCGGCCAAGCGCGAGGCGCUCAGGCUGGAGCUGGCGAAGAAGAUGAAGGAGGAGCUCAACGCGAAGCGCAUGGGGACGGUGCAGGCGUGGGGUGAGCCCGCCGAGCAGCAAGUGUAGACCCGUAAGUUGAAUCGGCGAGAACCAAACUGCC